GCAAGGAGAAGGAGCCCCUGGAGUCGCAGUACCAGGUGGGCCCGCUCCUGGGCAGCGGCGGCUUCGGCUCGGUCUACUCGGGCGUCCGCGUCUCCGACAACUUGCCGGUGGCCAUCAAACACGUGGAGAAGGACCGGAUUUCCGACUGGGGGGAGCUGCCCAGUGGCACCCGAGUGCCCAUGGAAGUGGUCCUGCUGCAGAAGGUGAGCUCGGGCUUCUCCGGCGUCAUCCGGCUCCUGGACUGGUUCGAGAGGCCCGACAGUUUCGUCCUGAUCCUGGAGAGGCCCGAGCCGGUGCAAGACCUCUUCGACUUUAUCACGGAACGGGGAGCCCUGCAGGAGGAGCUGGCCCGCAGCUUCUUCUGGCAGGUGCUGGAG